GUUCAGUGGUUUUAGUGUAUUCACAGUGUUGUUCAACCAUCACUAUAAUUAAUUUUAUAACAUUCUAGUAGAUGGCUUUUAAAGCCAUGGGACUGGAUGAGAGAGGAGUCCGAGGACCCUGCCCUGCAGCACUCUAUGUGAAGAGGUUCAGGAGAUGAGUGGGGCCGAGUGUGGAAGGUAUUUCAAGGAGGAGGAAGGUGGCAUGAAUCCCAGGCUGCUGAUAGGCCAAGUAAGAGGAGGAUUGAGAGCUGAUCACUGGAUUUAGUAAUGUGGAAGUGACCUGGACAAGAGCAUUUCCAGUGGCAUGGUGGUUUCAAGGGCUGCAUCAGAGAGGGUUUUCAGAGAGGAUGGGAGAGGAGGAACUGGAGAGAGCCAAGUGCUGACAAUCCAUCAAGGAGUUUGGCUGUACAGAGGGACAGAGAAGUGGGGCUAUUCCUGGAGGGAUGUCUGAUCAAUUAGUGAGUAGUGUCAGCUGGGGAGGGUGCACGGGACCUGGGGCACAGCUUGUUCUUCCUAGAGCAUGAAUUCUUCAUCCCGAAGAGCAAGAGAGAAGGUAGAAACUGGACAGAUACUGGCAGGUGGGAAGGUAACAAGAAGUGGGUGUCAUUGGGGCCCACGCAUCAAAGCAAGGUUGAAAAGAGAAAUAUUAAAGAAACCUAACCUGUAGAGCAUGACUGAGGUUGGAGAGGCGGGAGAAAGCUUACGGAAGAUCUCCUGAUGACAGGGCGCAGCACCGCGUUUACCACUCGGCACAUCAUGGGUGUGCGCCGUGUGCUGGAGCGGAGAGGCCUCCUUGGAAGGGACCUCUUUAUGACCAGGACUCUCUGCAGCCCAGGCCCUCGCCAGCCCAGAGAGAAAGGACCUGAGGAGGUGGCCCUGGGGUUGUACCACCGCCUCACUGCCCUGGGAAGAGCCCUGGGGCACGACAUUCGUCAGCGAGCGUCCUCCACGGCCACGACUUGGUGGGACAGAUAUGAAGAGUUUGUCGGACUCAAUGAGGUUCGAGAGGCCCAGGGAAACGUGACCGAGGCAGAGAAAGUGUUCAUGGUGGCGCGAGGGCUUGUCCGAGAGGCUCGGGAAGACUUGGAAGUUCACCAGGCCAAGCUGAAGGAGGUGAGGGACCGCUUGGACCGCGUCUCCAGAGAGGAUAACCAGUACCUAGAACUGGCUACACUGGAGCACAGGAUGCUGCAGGAGGAGAAGAGGCUUCGUGCAACCUAUCUGCGUGCUGAAGACUCAGAGCGAGAGAAGUUCUCCCUUUUCUCUGCCGCUGUGCGGGAAAGUCACGAGAAGGAGCGCACUCGAGCUGAGAGAACCAAGAACUGGUCCCUCAUUGGGUCAGUCCUGGGGGCCCUGAUUGGCGUGGCUGGCUCCACCUAUGUGAAUCGGGUGCGGCUACAGGAGCUGAAGGCCUUGCUCUUAGAGGCACAGAAGGGGCCUCUGAGCCUCCAGGAGGCCAUCCGAGAACAGGCAUCCAGCUACUCCCUCCAGCAGAGGGACCUCCACGACCUCAUGGUAGACCUAAGGGGCCUGGUACGAGCUGGGCCUGGGCAGAGCCCUGGGGCCCAGGCAGGUACUUCCCCCACCCGAGACAGAGACACGGAUGUCCUUUCAGCCGCCUUGAAAGAGCAGCUCAGCCAUUCCAGGCAGGUCCGUUCCUGUCUAGAGGGUUUACGAGAGCGGCUUGAUGGCUUGGAAAAGACGUUCAGCCAGACGGCUGAGGUGGUUCAGCUUGCAAAGGCUGCAGUGCAUCCAGGCCUGGUGGAGCCAGCAGAUGGGGCUCUGCCCGGCUCCUUGCUGGAGCAGGGGAACAUGAUCCUGGCACUCUCGGGCAUGGAGCAGAGGUUAGAAGCCCAGGUCAACAGGAACACCAUCUACAGCACGCUGAUCACCUCUGUGACAUUUGUGGCCGCGCUGCCUGUGCUCUACAUGCUGUUCAGGGCUAGCUAGCCCCUGGACCCUCCUCCAGAGGCCCUGAGGGGAUACGUGUGGCUGUGGAUUUAGAGAAUCCCAACAAUGAAGUGAGCCUUUGGGGUGCACGCAGCCUCACCCUGAGGCUGAGCACCAUCUGUGUGGCUGACCAGCGGGCAUACUUUGCUUUCUAGAAAAUGCUCCCUUAUGUUAAUUAUCAAAACUCUAUGCUAAUGUCCAAUUAAAAUGUCUUUGGGUUUGUGUUACUUAAA